UCUAGAUUCAAAUAUUAUUUAUUAUCUAGAGGACAUAGCGUUCUACGAAGGUACAUGUUAUGCGUGCGUUACCCAUUGUCAAAAAAGGAAAGUUAAACUGCACUACAAAUUACGAUGAAAUCAUACCUAAAAUUCGAUUAAAAUGUAAAGAUCUGAUUGGCAACUGCUAUUGGAAUAAUGAACCGUUUGAAUGCUGCGAUCAAUUCUUACCAGUAAUAACUGAAAAUGGUGUAUGUUUUAUUGUAAACUCCUUACACACAGUAAAAAAAGAUGGAGAAAAGUUAAAAAUGAUAUCAAACCGAAAAUUAGGACCUGGAAAACUUGCUUUUACAGCUUACGAGUCUAUAAAGCUAUUUAUACACUCACCAGAAGAUUUACCUUACGUAAACCAUCCGCAAGAAGAAAAAUUUAAAGUCAGUUGGGGUUUAUCGUUUAUGAUGAAAUUCCAGGUUAAAGAUAUCGAGAACGACCCGUUGUUGAAACAAGUGGAUAUUAAACAGAGGAAUUGUCGUUUUCCUGACGAAAACAAUUUAAAAGUUUACAACGUGUACAGUUAUUCCGCGUGUAUCGUGAACUGCAGAGCUGAAGCUCAACUCAAGAUGUGUAAUUGUACACCUCAUUAUUUGAAAAUUCCGGGAACACCAGUUUGUGGGAUCGAAGGCCUUGGUUGUAUAACUGAACAUUCAGAAAUAUUCAGAGCAUUAAAAACUCACGACUUCAAUAAGUUGGGAUUAGUAUGCAAUUGCAUACCUAGUUGUACUGAACCAGAAUAUACAGUUUUAAGCAAAGAAAUAGAACCCUUAACUAUUGAAGAACAAAAUGAUAACGAUGAUUUAAAAUAUGAUUCAAAAUUAAUCAUUGCAUUAGAUAGACUACCAAAUGAGAGACUUAAAAGAAAUGUAGUAAGAUCUCGUAUGGACCUCAUCGUUUCAAUUGGAGGAACUUUAGGUCUAUUUCUUGGAGUGAGCCUGUUAAGUAUUGUUGAAAUAAUUUACUUCUUCGUUGUUUGGACACAUAAACCACAAAGUAUAACAAAUAACGUUAAAAGCAAAAAACAAGCACAUCGGCCAAUUCAAAAUAUUAAUAAUUUACCAUUUUUACAUUGAAUUAAUUUAU